AUGGCAUCGAAGGCGGCCCCCUCCUGCCGUCUGGUCUUCUGCCUCCUGAUCUCCGCUGCUGUCCUCAGGCCAGGCCUUGGAUUGUAUACUGUAAGCUCAACAUAUGGAGAUACCAUUAUCAUGCCUUGCCGACUCGAUGUACCUCAGAAUCUCAUGUUUGGCAAAUGGAAAUAUGAAAAGCCUGACGGCUCCCCAGUAUUUAUUGCCUUCAGGUCCUCUACAAAGAAAAGUGUGCAGUAUGAUGAUGUGCCAGAAUACAAAGACAGAUUGAGCCUCUCCGAAAACUACACUCUGUCCAUCAGUAAUGCGAGGAUCAGCGAUGAAAAGAGAUUUGUGUGCAUGCUAGUGACUGAGGACAACGUGUAUGAGGCUCCUACAAUAGUCAAGGUGUUCAAGCAACCAUCUAAACCUGAAAUUGUUAGCAAAGCACCAUUUCUUGAAACAGAGCAGCUGAAAAAGUUGGGUGACUGUAUUUCAAAAGACAGUUACCCAGAAGGCAACAUCACGUGGUACAGGAGUGGAAGAGUGCUGCAACCCCUGGAAGGCGUGGUGGACAUAGUUUUUAAAAAAGAAAUGGACCCGGUAACUCAACUCUAUACCAUGACGUCAUCCCUGGAGUACAAGACAACCAAGGCUGACAUACACAUGCCAUUCACCUGCUCUGUGACAUACUAUGGACCAUCAGGCCAGAAAACAGUUUAUUCGGAACAAGCAGUCUUUGAUAUCUACUAUCCUACAGAGCAAGUGACAAUCCAAGUGCUGCCACCAAGAAGUGCCAUCAAAGAAGGGGACAACAUUACUCUGAAAUGCCUAGGCAAUGGCAACCCUCCUCCUGAGGAGUUUUUCUUUUACUUACCAGGACAGCCCGAAGGAAUAAGAAGCUCAAAUACUUACACACUGACAGAUAUGAGGCGCAAUGCAAGCGGAGACUACAGAUGCUCCCUGACAGACAAAAAGAGCAUGAUUGCAUCAACAUCCAUCACUGUGCACUAUUUGGAUUUGUCCUUAAAUCCAAGUGGGGAAGUGACCAAGCAGAUUGGGGAUGCCCUGCCUAUAUCAUGCACAAUAUCUGCUAGUCGGAAUGCAACUGUGGUAUGGAUGAAAGAUAACACCAGGCUUAAAUCUAGCCCAUCAUUUUCUAGUCUCCAAUAUCAGGAUGCGGGAAACUAUGUCUGUGAAACUGCUCUGCAGGAGGUGGAAGGACUAAAGAAAAGAGAGUCAUUGACUCUCAUUGUAGAAGGAAAACCUCAAAUCAGAAUGACAAAAAUCAUUGAUCCCAGAGGCCUGUCUAAAACAGUCAUCUGCCAUGUGGAAGGGUUUCCGAAGCCUGCCAUACAGUGGACAAUUACUGGUAGCGGAAGUGUCAUAAACCAAGCAAAGGAAUCUCCUUAUAUCAAUGGCAAGUAUUAUAGUAAAAUUAUCAUUUCCCCAGAAGAGAAUGUUACAUUAACUUGCACAGCAGAAAACCAGCUGGAGAGAACAGUAAACUCCUUGAAUGUCUCUGCUAUAAGUAUUCCAGAACACGAUGAGGCAGAUGAGAUAAGUGAUGAAAACAGAGAAAAGGUGAAUGAUCAGGCAAAGCUCAUUGUGGGCAUCGUCGUUGGUCUCCUCCUUGCUGCCCUCGUUGCUGGGGUUGUCUACUGGCUGUACAUGAAGAAAUCAAAGACCGCAUCAAAACACGUAAACAAGGACCUUGGUAAUCUAGAGGAAAAUAAAAAGUUAGAAGAAAACAAUCACAAAACAGAAGCCUAA